AUGAGGUUACAGCGCUGUUGUAUUUGUGCUCAAUUGUCAGAUGGCGGUGGUGAGUUGCACUGUCAACAACGACGGACCACCGCUGAUCGACCGACCGAUCCGAUCGACGACGACGACCGAUCGACCGACCAUCACGCUGAGAAAUCGAUGUCACCGCCACCGCUGCCCUCGGACGACGACGAAGGUCGAAAAUGGGCCAGAAACAAAAUUGGACCGACAAUGUAUAGAGAACGCAAUGGCGACUCUCCGAUCCUUCAACCGGUUGCUCGCGGAGAGUGUAGGGCUGUUGAGGAGGAAGAAGAACAUCGCAUCGGAUCCUCGUUCAGAAUCGUUCCAGAAUUGUAG